CAGCCGCGACUCAUGACGUCCUCACGGGCUCUGUUUUAUGGCUCGCCUCCAGCCAUGUCCCCACCUUCCAAAAACAAAUUCAAGCGUCAGAGUCGGAUAUUUUCCCAGGUCUUGUACCGGACACUGAGCUAUAAGGACCGCAGCUCGGUGGCCGGCUACCCCGUGGAGAGCAAGGAUGAUCCGGCUGAGCUCUCCACCCAGAUCUCUGCCCCGGGGGUCCUCAAGGUGUUUGGGGGCCACAUCUGCGCGGGCACCCACUACAAGAGCGUCCUGGCGACGGCCAGCUCCAGCGCCCAAGAGCUGGUGAAGGAAGCCCUCGAGCGUUACGGACUGAACAAGGUGAACGCCGGCCAUUAUGUCCUCUGCGACGUCGUCGGGCGGUUUGUGGGUCCGGAGAAGCAGUGGCAGAUGGACGGCCUGCGGGUUCUCCGGGACAACGAGAAACCACUCUUGAUCCAGGACCUCUGGAAGCCCCGGGAAGGGUUCUCCCGGCGGUUUGAGCUCCGGAAGCGAUCUGAGGUGGAGGAGCUGGCGGCCAGGGACAGAGACACCCUCACGGCAGGUAUAAAUGCCCAGGCUCGGAAGCUCCAGCGGAACCGCGCCAAGGGAACCAUGACUCUACUGACGGGGUGCAAAAGCCACUCCACGCCGCCGCCGCUCCGGCGCACCGUCAGCGAGACCAGCCUCAACCAGGCCGGCACUCAGGUCGACGGCGAGGAGGAGCAGCAGCUCAGGAGGCAUUACUCCACGUUGCCGGAGACCCUUCGAUGCGUGGAGAGCACGAGAGAUGGGCAGCCGGUUCCCACGGAGGAGCAGAGUGGCAGUACCUUGCGCCACUCCCUUUACCAGUCUCCCCAUUUCCUGCUCUUACAGGGCUACAGCCAGCAACAUGACAGUUUAGUUUACCUGCUGAACCGCGACCAGCACACCGUGGGCCAAAGAACCCAGGCUAGCAAACCCAGCUUUAUCCUGUCAGCGCCCGACAUCCUUCCUCUUCACUGCACCGUGCGGAGGAUUAAGGUGCCUGGCCGCUCCCGCCACCAUUCAGAAGAAAAGCUGGUUCUCGAGCCGAUCCCGGGAGCCAGCGUCUCCGUCAACUUCUCUGAGGUGGGGCAAACAGUGGUCCUGCACCAUGGGGACCUGAUCUCCCUCGGCCUUUACUACCUGCUCCUCUACAAGGAUCCCCUGAAAACCCAGCCGUUGCCCGCUCAGACCCUGAUGAGGCUCAAAGCCGUGCGCCGGGCCUCGGAGCCAGAGCUCCCUUCCACCUGCAAGAUGUGCGGCAGCCAGGUGAGAGAGAAGCCCUCCUCUUCCAAGAAGCAAGGGCCCCCACCCCCUUCCGGCCGGAGAGCCAGCCGACGGAAGCCGCAGCUGGAGUUCGACAAGGCCAGCGAGGACGUGCUGCUGCGGAGAAUCCUCUCCCUCCUCGAGCCCACGGGCGACGACCACAAACUGACCCCCGCCUUCCUGCUCUGUCUCUGCGUCCAGCACUCGGCCAACAACUUCAGGCCAGGCGAGUUUGGGCAGCUGCUCCUCAAAGUGGCCAAGAUGAUCCAAAAGACGGUGUGGGAGAAAACGAACGAGCUUGCCGGGAAGCAGAGCCCACACCAGGAUCCAGCAUCCCUCUCCCGUUUCACCAUCGCAGAUCUGCUGCCGGACUUGCAACACAUUAUCUUCUGGAUGUCUAACGCCAUUGAAAUCUUGUACUUUGUCCAGCAGAGAUCCCCCGUCUACAUCCAGAACAUGGAAGAGGAGAUGGACAUCAAAGGUUCGAAGGAAUCGCUCUUUUCCUUAACAAUCACGGCCAGUGAGGAAGCCAUGACUGUUCUUGAGGAAGUCAUCAUGUAUACCUUUCAACAGUGUGUCUACUACAUCUCCAAGUCGCUGUACGUGUCUCUCCCCGUCCUGCUGGAACGCAACCCGUUCCAAAGCGAAGGCCGCGACGGCUGGCUGUCCUCCCCGCCGCUGCCGGAGGAGAUCCGCAAGGUCGUGCUGAUCUACCAGGCCACCCUGGACCUUCUCCACCAGUAUGACGUCCACCCGGAAAUCGCCUCCCAAAUGUUCGCCUAUCUCUUCUUCUUCUCCAACUCCAACACCCUCCUCUUCAACCAGCUCAUGGAAAAAGGCUCUUCACUGGGCUGCUUCCACUGGUCGAAAGGCGUGAGGGUCCGGGCCACUUUGCGGCUCCUCCUGGAAUGGGCCCAGAGCGUGGGCUUCGGCCAGCUGGCGGACCAGUUCUUCAACAAGCUCUCCAGUGUGGCAAGCCUCUUGGCCAUGCCGAAUUCUCAGCUGGUCCAGAUGACCUGGCCCAUGUUGAGAACGGAAUUCCCGUCCCUGAACGCCGCUCAGCUCCACCACAUACUGACCCAGUACCAGGCCUCCUCCGACAUGGGAUGCGUACCCGGCUGGCAACCUGGCAAAGAAGAUAGUCUGGGGGCUUUCAGGACAGAUGACAUCCUGGAGUCAUUCGACAGCCACCCCCCGAUCGUGUUGCCCAGCGGGGGGUUCAAGGUGGACCUGGAGGUGGAACACCUGGACGACAACGUUUACCGCCACCUCCUCUACAUCCGUCACUUUCUGUGGAGUCUGCGCAGUAAAAGCCCCUACCCUGGCGACUCCCCGGAAGCCGAACCCCCAAAGACAGAAACCAUCAGCUGCCAGACCACUCCCCUCGUUUCUUCAGAGACUCCGCCGGAAUUGCUGCCAGCAGGAAGCUCCCUCGGCCGGGCGAACCGCAGGCGGCCGCCGAGUUGUGCCGAGCUGAGGGUGGAAGGGGGUCUCCCUGCGGUCACAGGUAUGAACGGUUCGGCCCGGGAUUACGACCUCUGCGAGACACAGAUCCAAGAGAGCCUCCAGCAGGUACCCCUGCAGGCCCCGCAAGGGAAGACCGGCCCCAAGCCCGUCGUGAUAACUGCCGACCCCUCUUGCUUGCUGACCCCGCCGAACACGCCCCUCACCUUCGACCCCACAAGUCUCGACUCGACUCCCGAGGGCAUCCCUGGGAAACCCGUGGCAGAUCCUCGGAGGAACGGGCUGAGCGGCACCAAAACCACCAGCCCCGAAGGCUCUUCGCCGACCCCCUAUGACUUCCCCACUCCUGCCUCCUCCAGCCGCAGCUCUGCGACCGACGAUUUCUGCUACGUCUUUGUGGUGGAGCUGGAAAAGGGGCCCAUUGGCCUGGGCAUGGGGCUGAUCGACGGCCUGCACACUCCCUUGAAUUCCCCCGGUAUCUACAUCCGGACCUUGAUCCAAGACAGCCCCGCGGCUGCCGACGGAAGGCUCUCCAUCGGGGACCGCAUCCUGGCCGUCAACGGCACGAGCCUCAUCGGUUCUGAUUACCAGAGCGCUGUGGACCUCAUCCGAUCAGGAGGGAAGAAGCUGAGGUUUCUGGUGGCCAAAUCCGACUUGGAGGCAGCGAAGAAAAUCAGCUUCAAUUCUUCUCCGACUCCGUGA